UUGUCAUUAUUCAUCGCCAAUCUACAUCAGGCCCAACUGCACAAUACAAAAUGGCGACGGAGUGCUAACCAGAAGACGUUAGAAAUUUUGAGAGUUAUUGAACGGUAGGAAGAGAAACAUGUAACCAAACUUCGGGUAAUGAUAAAAUAUAACUAUACCUUGAUGACUACCACCUUUAAAAUGCAAGCCAUUUCGAUAAGAAUCGUCGGGCGAACAAAAACUUCGCCGUAUUCUCAGCAGGCAACCAUUUUAGGAAUAGGGAUAGAUUUUUAACCGAAGAUAGGCCUAGCCUACACCGCCAAUAUGGCCGAAAUGUUUCAGCUAUGGAUGGCUGUCCAUAAACUUUUUGUUGAUAAUUAACCUUUGUUUGGUUACUUUAACUUUCCUGCUACAUAUAUGCAGUAUGAACACUUCCAUCAUGGAGGUAAAACACAAAGAAUUACUGCUAACUCACAGGACAAAAUUUAUCCAUUCUGUCGACCAAGUGGAUCGAUUGUUGUACCCAGUGCUCCAUCACAAGAUCUUAUCCCAGGCUGAUAUAACUUUAAUUAACCAGCAAACUACUUCCCACUCCAAGAUGCAGACACUUCUGGAUAUUUUACCAACUAAAGGAAAAGAAGCUUUUAAAGCGUUAUGCAUGGCUUUGGAAACAACAUAUCCACAUUUGUUGACUGUGAUGUUCCUAAGCACCGACUCAUUAAUGUGUUCAGGGGGCCAACAAGGUUCAUCACAGUCAUCACUAAUAUCAUCAUGCACUUCAGAGUCAGAUGUUGAAGAAAAGGCUUUUGGUCCACGUGGCAUUACAAGAUACCCUACACGUCAGACAGAGGUAAAGACAAACGUACCACAUUAUGGAACUAGCGAAGGCAGCGGUCAAUAUUGUCAUCAGGAACCUAUAGUCAUGCAGAACGGGGAUGAAGUCAUGGUUCCCAAUGGGAGCAAAAGGUCUAGUGUUGACUAUGAAAUAUCCAGAUUGUCAUCGGACUUAAAAGAUUUGAGAUCACGCUAUGAUCAAGCACUACGGGAGGUUGACUAUUACAGAAAGCAACAUAACAGUGUGAUAAAACAUAAUGAGUCUAUGAAGAAAGAGGUUCAGUCAUUGAAACUGGAUAGAAGUGAUUUACAAGGCAAACUGAAUCAAUCCAUCAAAGAAUAUCAGAAUCUAAAACUGCACCAUGAUGAACACUACAAAGAACUUAGUGAGCUACGCCGUCAGGAUCGCAAGGUCAUCCAUUCUGGCUCGUCUGAGGUCUUAAACAAAAUGUAUGACACCGCUUUAGACAGAUGGGAGUCAUUGAAAAAAGAACAUGAAGCACUGAGAAAAUUGCAUGCUGAUCUCAUCACGGAUUUUAAUUAUUCUAAGAGUAUUUUAGAACAAAAGAAUGAAGAUUGUUCCCAAUUACAGAAACAAAAUGAAACUAUUUUAUCCGAGAGGGAAUAUAUACAAAAACAGUUAAAUCAUGCGAAGCAUCAGUUCACUUCAGCGCGACGAGAAUUAGAUGCAGAAAUUUUACGGAGACAAAAACUUGAACAAGAUCUGCGUAGUAGAAUUCAAGAAAGAGAUCAUUAUAGUAAAAGUUAUCAAGAUGCAAAGAAAAGUCUCUUGAAGGUGACCCAGGAACGUGACGCUGCAGUUUCUGAACAUAAACUUGUAAUGAAAGAACGCGACACGGUACAUAGGGAAAUUAAUUCACUACAUGAACAAGUUGAACAGAGUGAAAAAAAACUGAAAGACCAAGAGCUUGAGAUAAAACAAGUGAAACACUCAAAUGAACAAUUAGGUAGAAAAUUACAAGUUUUAAAAGAUGAAAAACUAAAAUUUGAGACAAAUUGUUUACAGAUGAAUAGUAUCCUUGCUUCCAUUGAACAAGACAGAGCCAAGGUUCAAGAGGAAUGUGAUAAGUUUAGCCAAGAACGUGACAUUGCCCAGCACGAGCGCAUCCAAGCUAUUACCGACUACGAAGCUAUGCAACAGCAAUGCUACAACGCUGUUCAGCAGAAGCAAAACAUGCGCUCUGAGUUUGAUAUGGCAAGUCAGGAGCUUGGUGCACUACGUAAACGGAUUGAAAUGUUAGAAGGCGAGGGCAAUGACCUACAGAAGGAUGUUACAAAUAAGAGCAAGCAGAGAGAUUUUGCAUUUAGUGAAUGGGAAAAGACAGUUAAAGAACGUGAUAGCAUCAAAGCAAUGUGCGAUAAACUACGUAAAGAACGUGACCUUGCUGUCGCCGAUUACGCUGAGGCUUUGAGAGCAUCAGAUGUUAUGAAACGGCAGCUUAGCUCCGCAACUAAAGAACUUAAAGAGACAAAAGCAAAGAUUAUUUCAGGGGAGCAUGAACGUAGAAUGAAACAAUCUGUUACGCAUAGUCGAGAUUCUGCCAUUGAUGCAGACUUUCAAGAAUGGGAAACGGAAACAAUAGAAUUUGAGUUUGAAACUGAGGAGGAAUGUGAUGCCAGUGUGCUAGGCUUUGAUUUUGGGGAUCGUAAGAGCAAUGGUCAUGUGACAGAUGACUGCUCCACCAUCUUUAUAUCAAAAGUCGACAAAGGGAGCCGUGCUGACGGAAGACUCAGGGUCAAUGAUUACAUAAUGAAAGUGAAUAAUAUCAACAUGACAAAUGUCAAUGAUCGUAACACAGCAAUAGAAGCCUUGAAGAAGUGCAGAGGCAUUGUCAAUAUCGUCGUGAAGCGACGGAGGUGCUCAUCUAGCAAAAUGGUGCAUUCUGUCAAGCUCUACCUAGCUGGAGAAGAUCAUGGACUCAGUCUGGAGUCAGGAGUCUACAUCAGGAGGAUAAGUCCAGGAUCUAUUGCAGCUAAAGAGGGCAGCCUGUCUGUUGGUGACAGGAUAAUAUCAAUCAAUGGCAUACAGCUUGAGAACCGUACUACAAGGGAUGUAGAGAAAAUGUUGCAGAUGUCAGGUGAUCCAAUCCUUAUUGGCAUCUUGCGAUCAAGUAGUAGCAGUUCCUUCUCUACGAGCACAAGUCCGACAUUCGACUCCAUUAAGAGCCAGGAGUCCACUUCAUCCAAAUCCAGUCUUGCACCGUUUCCAGAGGUGCAUGAGAAGAUUGAGCGCAGAGAGGCUUCGAAUACAGAGUGUAAGAAUACUACAUUAGAGAGAACGAAAAAAGAUAUUUAUCAUGCCACACCGAUCCAAAUAACAUCACAAACAGAUGAGCAUUUCUCAAUCCACCAUGGACCAAUACAUGACAGAAAAGGAAGGAGCACUUCAAAAAGAUCCGAUGAUCCAUGGCAGUUGCAGACAAUGCACAAUGCACCAAUGCAUCAUCAAGAACGUGGACAUGAACAACGCGGUCCAAAAGAAAAUAUCAAACACCACGGGUCACACCAAAGAGAAAGCUCACACUCCCACCAACGCCAGAACUCGCAGGAUAAGCAUUCCCAUGGAUAUGCACAUCCAGUAUCCCAGAAUACACCACAAGACUCCUCUAAACAUUCCCACGAACAUUUAAUUAGGCAUAAGCCAAAUGAUAAACCUCGCAUUCCUACCCAGAACCCUAGUUCUCGCAAUAUCCAUAAAGCAGACUGGGGGAAAUUUAACGGUAGUGAUAAAGACCACCGGCCAUCGGAGACCAUUGAGUCACCAAGAAGUCAACGUGGAACAUGGCCAAAAUCUCGUCAACCUCCUGAAGAACUUUGUAAUCCUAAGAAACCGAAAAGCAACCGUGAAACCAUCAUUCCUAUAGUUAACCAAUAUAUAUUUUGCGAACCUAACAAAAAAGAGACAAGCAGAUCAAAUGGUCCACAAAGAAGCGUACGUCAACCAAACAAAGCGCCCUCAGAUAAAUCAUUGCCUUUGCAAUCCAACCAACAUGAAAUUUGGGAGACGAACCCCAGACUAGUUCAUAGUAUGCACAUGGCAUCAGUUUCAUUACCGGAUACAAGCGAAGACUUCGUCAAUCGGGAAGGCACUUCAUUACCUCUUGAAGUUUCCCGGUCAUCUUCAAUUCGUUCUGCCAAACCUAAUCAAAGUGCAAUCAUGCAAAGUGAAGUCCAAAGACUAAAAACAUCGGAACCUCAGUACUAUAACGGCAAGCAGCAUAACUCAACAAGUAAAGCUUGGACCAGCCCGACAUCUACUGCCAAUUUUAAAUUUAAUCCAGGAACGCAACCAUUCUCAAGCAUUCCUGCCACAUCACAGAUUGUGCGACACCAGUAUGUCGUCCCCAGCUACAUGGCAGAAAGCUCGCCUGUAAAUCGUCGGCCAGGACAUAAUGACCGCGUAAAAUCACCAUUAUCAGAAACAAUGUACGGUGGAAGGUCAAUGACCCUUCCAUCUGAACACUAUCAAAGUAGUAAUAACAACAAUCGCAUUCUUGAAAAUAUAACACCAGAGAUGAAGCAGUAUUUGGCACAACCAAACGCAGGCACAUUAUCCCUUCCUACAUCCUUCCCCCGUCCAGAGCGAAUUCAGCUGUCGUCAGGGAAGCACCGAAUGAGUCCAGGACCAACCCAGUCUACCAACUCCCUGGAAAGAACAUCUGUCAAAUCCUACAGCUCUGGUGAUGGUGCUAUGUCUCCCUCCAUUCCAGAAAAUAUCUCAGGGCGGAGCUCAUUGGCCUCUAUAACCGAGAGUGUUUACACUUUACCACGUCCUCGUCCAAGGGAGCAAGAAAUUCGAACAAUAUCGAUUGAGAAGAGCUCCGAGCAACUUGGUAUCUCGAUAAGCAUGGGAUUUGACGGCGGUAUAAUGGUGACAGAUGUGCAGCCAGGUAGCCUAGCCCACCGAGCUGGCCUUGUUACUGGGGAUCAAAUUUUAGAAUAUAAUGGAAUCAACUUGAGAAAAUCAACCUAUGACCUUGCUGCUAAGAUAAUUUGGCAAGGAGGAGACAGUGUGCAGAUAUUGGCCCAGUACAACCCAGAAAAAAUACAUUCAGUUGAGAGGAGAUCAGUGUGCGCAAGUAACCAGACCACUCCAACAGCCACACCUAUCAGUACUACAACGAAUUCACCUGUCAGUAGUCGACCGCCCUCUGCAAUGGCGUCAGAUAAUGGUACUGUCACGCCUCCAACCCCAAGGGCAAGCAUGAGCUUCAGCUCUCCGAUUAUGGAUGACUCUCCGAUGCCUUGUGAACCUCGCUUUGUUUUCCUGCGUAAAUUGAGCUCAUCCCUCGGGAUCAGUACCAGUGGUGGGAAUGCAAGCGGCAUAUUUGUUUCUGAGCUUCAACCAGAUAGCAUUGCUAACAGACCAGAUGGUCUACGUGUUGGUGAUCAGAUCUUAGAGUACAAUGGAGUUGACUUACGGUCUGCUACUGCAGAGCAAGCAGCGCUUGAAUUCCAGAAACCAACAGACACAAUAACAAUCCUUGCCCAGUACAAUGUUGCUAAGUUCAAUAAAAUCCAAGAGCAGCCAUGCGAUUCCUUCUACAUCGAGGCUCAAUGCCGCUAUGCAGCUGACAAUGAAAACUUCCUGUCAUUUAAGAAAGGAACAAUUUUGUUUGUUGAUGACACGAUGGCAAAUGGUGAAAUUGGGCUCUGGCAUUCCUGGAUAGUUGAAGAAAAUGGACAAAAAAUUAAACAUGGACACAUACUAGGAAAAACAAUGUUUGAACAAGAUCUAGCUAGAAAGCGAAGUUAUUCUGAGGAUGAAGACCUUCGACAUACAACGUCACGCAGAUCAGUGGGCGGAAAACGUGGAAGCUUCUUCCGACGCAAGAAGCAUCAUCAACGACAAAGUUCAAAAGACAGUAGGGAGUUGAAUGCCCUUGAGACUCAAUCAAUGUCAGAUGUUCCGAUAAUGGAUGAUAUAUUCAUCCCAACUUAUCAGAGAGUUGAAAGACUUGAUUACAACCAGAAGAGGCCGGUGUUGGUAAUUGGCCCUCUAAAUGACAGAGUCAAUGAGAAACUAGAGUUGGAAUCACCAGACAAGUUCACCAGAUGCCACCCAGAAGUGAUGAAGAUGUCAUUGAUCUCAAUUGAGAAAGCAAUCUCUGACAGUGUGUUCAUUGACUACCACCGGAACGGCGAGGAAUUUGAAUGCGUGCAUACAUCAACCAUCAAAGAAAUUAGCAAGCAGGGUUGCCAUUGUCUUGUAGAUAUUUGUCCGUCAGCUGUUGAACGACUUCAUAGACUUCAUCUUUACCCUAUUGUCAUCUACAUCAAAUUUAAAUCACCAAAACAAAUCAAGGAGCAACGAGAUCCACGAUUUUUACCUGAACGUGUGCACUACAAACAGGCAAAGGAGCUCUUUGAGAAUGCGCAGCGACAGGAACAGAACUACAAACACUUCUUCUCCGAUACAAUACCAGGAGGGAACCUAGCAAGUAUUUGCAAUGCUGUCAAGAAAAUUAUUGAUAGAGAACAAAAUAAGACAAUUUGGGUUCCAUCAAGCACCCCUCUGUAGAUAAUGAACUGUUCCUGAAGCAGAGUAUCUGAUUUAAUCAAUAGUGGAAUUGAAACGACGAAUGCGGAAAGCAGUCCAAUUAUGUGAUUUAAGAUUUGUAUUCAGGUCUCGGAGAUGAGGAGAUCAAAGUUAUAAAUUGAGAUAUAAAUUAAUUAAUUUAAGUAAUUUUAAAAACAAGAUGUGAAUUUUGGAAACAAUAAGUUAAUAGAAUCAUGGUUAUUAUGUGCAGAUGAAUACUUUUGAAUUUGCUUUUAUUGAACACUAGGAAAAAUAGGCUAAAAAAUUGUAGGGCUUUGUGCAAAUACACGUAUAAGACUUGACUUUCAGAUUUAUCAGUUCAUUGGGGUUUUUGUUGUUGAAUCAAUAGUAAACUUUUGACAAGCAUCACAAAAAAAUUAUCUAAAUUUUCACAUAUCAAGUAUAAAAAGUUGAAUAGUGCCACUGAAUAUGAAAGCACUUAAACAUAUCAUUGAGAUAAAAAUGUAUUUUUUUCUGAUCCAAAAUUUUUCAGAUUUUAUUAUGACAUGUACUGUUUACUGAUACUUGGUUCUAAUAUAUUUUUUUUAAAGACCACCACCUUUCAUUGAUGUGGUUUUAUGAUUUGUUUUGUAAAAAAAUAAUUGGCAUAUAUCUUCCAUUAAUAAUUUUUUAUCACCUAAGUAAUCAAAUUGUUUGUGUAACAUAAUUCUUGUAAGUAAACCAAUUUAGUACACCCGAAUCACUUGCAACUUUUUUCACAAGUAUGUUGGAAUGUACUGAGUAUUCAGUAUGAUAACACAUCAGGUAAGCAAAACUUCACUCCUACAUCAGUUUACUUAAAAGAAUUAUUUUACAUAGAAAACUAUAGAAAAAAGUUCAAAUUAAAUUGUGAAUACUGGUCUGUGAUUAUCAUGUAUUACUGCCACAUUUAUCUGAAUUUUUUUUUAAAUAAUUUAUCUAAAUUGAUUUAUAACUUUUUGUUCAAAAUGCUAUUGUUCGGACAUGUUAUGAUCAUGUGCAGUGAUAUAAUUGGUGAGCAUUUAGUAGUUUAUGAUGGAAAGAGAAAGAAAAAAAUGAAAUUCCAUUAAUAAAUUAAUUGACUAAUUAAAAAAUAAUUAAUUUAGUUAUUAAUGAGCACUAUAUCCUUGCUUUCUGCUGCUGGCAGCAUUUAUCCUUGGGAUAUUCUAUUAUCAUUAUAGUUAGGUUUCAUUUGUUUUCAGUUGUGCUAUACUGUUGCACUGUGCCUUUUGUUCCAAUACAUCAUAAGUGACAUUUACACUUUCUGAUUUGUGUGUUUGCAAAUAUGUUUCACCAUUAUUCGGGUAAUAGAUUUUUGUCUCCAUAUGUGUUAAGGGUUUUAUUAUCCCUGCAUCUCUGGUAGGGUUGUGUGCCCCUCAUGUGAGGUGUAGUGACAAAAUGAGUCAUGUUGUACACCAGGUCAACUUGAUAUAUUCAAGAAGUCUAUUUAUAUUAAUGAAUAGAUUUAAGUGAUUUUUAAUAAUUAUGUCUCACGAUAGAAAACGUGUGAGUUUUCAGGUACCUUUUAGUAAAACUAUUUUUAAAAAUUAAAAGGAAAACCAACAAGAAAAUUUUAUCAGGCGUUUUUAAGACAUCUGAUUUUUUUCAAAAUGAUAAAUCUCAUGUUUUACAAGACUCAUUUUGUGACAACACCUCACAUAUACUGUAUGAUCUACCUUUUUAGGAAAAUGCAAUUGAUUUGAUUUUCUUAUAAUUUUCCAAAUACCCUUAAAAUCAACUCUUAUUCCUGAUUGUCUUUUGAUUGCAAAUAAGAUGAACUAAGAAGAGUAUUUGUAUCUAGGCAGCAGUUUGCUGUUUCAACGAAUGCAAGGGCUUUCAGAUACAUGAUUAGAAUAUAUUUGGUGACACAAAAUGGCGACAAACAUUAUUUUUGAAUUUGAGUGGUAUUUUUUUAAUAUUAUUUAGGAAUUGUCACUUAAGAAUUGAAAGUAGUUACUUGUCUUAUUUUAUUUCAAGGCACUUUUAAGAUAUUAUCAUUCAGAGUUGUUUCCCACCUGCCUCAAAGUUAGAUUUAUAGAUAUUUUUUUCUGUACACAUGUAGUGUAACAAAUUAUCAUUGAAUUUAAAACUUUCAGUAAUUUUUUUCUUUACACAGAUUCGGCUUGACAUUGGUGUUCAUUAAAAAUCAGUACCUAGGCCUUAAAUGGUUUUAUACCAAA